AUGCCAGACCUCACUGCCGCCGAGCUCAGCAUUCCGGCCGAGCAGCACCCCGAUCCCGCAAAGCCACUGGUGAUACCCGUCGACUCAACAGUGGUAGGCUCUACCCUGCGCUUCAUUCCGUGGUCUGUGGUGGGCAAUCCGGCCCUCCUCCAGCUGCCCCCUCCUCCUCCGGGGAUGCAACCGUCGUGGGUCCAGAUUCCGCAGUGGGUCGCCAUCAGUGCGCUGCUCGCCUUCAGUGAGCCCGAGCCCGCUGUGGCCACCCACUUUGACAGGCUCAGCGUCUUGCGGCUGGCCGUAUUGGCCGCGGCCUGGCGCCGCAUCCUCGGUGCCUUGUCCGACCUCGGCGUUUUCAGCACGGUGCACGUGGAUGAGGAUGCGUUCCGUACGGUGUGCAUCCAGGCUCUGCACUCCCGCCAAAUCCCGGUGCCCGAGCUCUAUCUGCAGUGGGGCGAUUUGGGGUACUCUGAGGCUAUCGUGCCCUUGGGACCAGCGCCAUCUGCAGAAGCGAAGGCCGUCGACUUCUUGCAGUACGCGACGGUCGGGGCUCUUUGCGACCCUACGGCCGACGUCCCGUUCGCAGCCCUGUCUGACAUGACCCGCUGCUUGGGGCCCGUCUUCACGGCGGCGGCGCGCGUCGAUCCCAUGGGGAGCGCCGUCGUGGGGGCUGCAUCGCUCGCCGCCGCCGCUGGUCACAUCAGAGGAGGGGCGAUCCCAUCAGGAGGCGACCGCUGGCCCUCUCCUGUCGGACUGAUGGCCCGAAACAACUACCAAGACUUUGUCGAGCUCAACGUCUCUACCUGUGGCGCGACCGACGCAACUGCGGAGGUGUUAACUGCUGUCGGCAACAGCCAGCCGGAGGGCAACCUCGUUAGGAGGCUAGAGAUCUCCCUCAUCCGGAGGGAGGAUCGCCCUGCCACAGCUACGCGAGCGACGCCAGCUUGCGAGACGUUCAAUUCGAGCAUUCGGGCCGCGCGACCUAUGGAGACGCAGCCAGAGGCAAGCGUGGGCGCUGCCCAAGCGGAUCGCCGGCAACUAGUGCCGCCCGCGCCUGGCGCGACCGCCUUCAAGCGCGGGCGGCCCGUGACUUUGCUCCAUCAAACGGGACAAGGCAAAAACACAGGCGCUCGUUGCUCCUCCGUCUCUUUGUAUCUUCCAUACUGCGUUUAUCAGAAGACGUAUGGUUCUUGCACUUGUGCAAGAUUGGGCGUCUUCUGCCGCAGUCCCUUUGAUGGGAGGCCCCAGGGUGGGGGCCACCUCGAACCCCCGGCCAGGGAUUCGAGCGGAGGGUGCCCCGGAUUCAUCUAUCCGUUGGGCCCCGGCACCUAUUUUAGAACUGAUCACUUUGCGCAGCAACCGUCGGCCGCCGCUUUUUAG